AACAGCCAGCACGCCGCGCUCCGCCCAGCUCGUUCCGCUCUGCAGAGCCGGCGUGACCAGAGCGCAGGGCGGGCGGCACUCGGUCCCGGCUUCCGCAGCCCCACGGGCUCCCUCUGCCGCGGGACCUGAGCCCCGGGCCGCUCCCCAGAGGGCUGAGCGCGCCACGGGCGGGAGCUGGGCCGGGACUGGCGAGGGAGGGAGCGGGAAGCCAGCAGAGUCGGUGGCGCGCGGCUCCGCGUCCCCUCCCAGCCCCGGCCGGUGCCGUCGCCGCCGGACUCGGGCUGCCCGAGGAGGGGGCUGUGCGCCCGCCGCCCGUCGGGGACGCGGCUGCUCCGAGGGAGUGCAGGGGCAGAGUGCGCGGCGGUCCGCAAGGCACAGGUCCCGGAUGAGAAGGUGCUGACAGCAGUCGAGUCCCACCUUCUCUGUGUGCUGGGGAGCAGGGCCCGUGGCCCCAGUGUCACCGAUGCCGAAGAACAGCAAGGUGACCCAGCGUGAGCACAGCAGCGAGCAUGUCACGGAGUCGGUGGCCGACCUGCUGGCCCUCGAGGAGCCGGUGGACUACAAGCAGAGCGUCCUGAACGUGGCGGGCGGGCCAGGUGGCAAGCAGGCGGCGGCGGAGGAGGAGCUGGACGCCGAGGACCGGCCGGCCUGGAACAGCAAGCUGCAGUACAUCCUGGCCCAGAUCGGCUUCUCCGUGGGCCUCGGCAACAUCUGGAGGUUCCCCUACCUGUGCCAGAAAAACGGAGGCGGUGCCUACCUGGUGCCCUACCUGGUGCUGCUGAUCAUCAUCGGGAUCCCGCUCUUCUUCCUGGAGCUGGCCGUGGGCCAGCGCAUCCGCCGGGGCAGCAUCGGCGUGUGGCACUACGUGUGUCCCCGCCUGGGCGGCAUCGGCUUCUCCAGCUGCAUCGUCUGCCUCUUUGUCGGGCUCUAUUAUAAUGUGAUCAUCGGCUGGAGCAUCUUCUAUUUCUUCAAGUCCUUCCAGUACCCACUGCCCUGGAGCGAGUGUCCUGUCGUCAGGAAUGGGACCGCGGCAGUGGUGGAGGCGGAGUGUGAAAAGAGCUCGGCCACCACCUACUUCUGGUACCGAGAGGCCUUGGACAUCUCCAACUCCAUUUCGGAGAGUGGGGGCCUCAACUGGAAGAUGACGCUGUGCCUCCUUGUGGCCUGGACCAUCGUGGGCAUGGCCGUCAUCAAGGGCAUCCAGUCCUCGGGGAAGGUGAUGUAUUUCAGCUCCCUCUUCCCCUACGUGGUGCUGGCCUGCUUCCUGGUCCGGGGGCUGCUGCUGCGAGGGGCCGUCGAUGGCAUCCUGCACAUGUUCACGCCCAAGCUGGACAAGAUGCUGGACCCGCAGGUGUGGCGGGAGGCGGCCACGCAGGUCUUCUUCGCCCUGGGGCUGGGUUUCGGGGGCGUCAUCGCCUUCUCCAGCUACAACAAGCAGGACAACAACUGCCACUUCGACGCCGCCCUGGUGGCCUUGAUCAACUUCUUCACCUCGGUGCUGGCCACCCUCGUGGUGUUCGCCGUGCUGGGCUUCAAGGCCAACAUCAUGAAUGAGAAAUGCGUGGUUGAGAAUGCUGAGAAAAUCCUGGGGUACCUCCACACCAACGUCCUGAGCCAGGACCUCAUCCCUCCCCACGUCAAUUUCUCCCACCUGACCACCAAGGACUACUCGGAGAUGUACAAGGUCAUCAUGACCGUGAAGGAGGACCAUUUCUCAGCCCUGGGCCUGGACCCCUGCGUGCUGGAGGACGAGCUGGACAAGUCCGUGCAGGGCACAGGCCUGGCCUUCAUCGCCUUCACCGAGGCCAUGACGCACUUCCCCGCCUCCCCGUUCUGGUCCGUCAUGUUCUUCCUGAUGCUCAUCAACCUGGGCCUGGGCAGUAUGAUCGGGACCAUGGCGGGCAUCACCACGCCCAUCAUCGACACCUUCAAGGUGCCCAAGGAGAUGUUCACAGUGGGCUGCUGUGUCUUUGCAUUCUUCGUGGGGCUGUUGUUCGUCCAGCGCUCGGGGAACUACUUUGUCACCAUGUUUGACGACUACUCGGCCACCCUGCCGCUCACCGUCAUCGUCAUCCUCGAGAACAUCGCUGUGGCCUGGAUCUACGGGACCAAGAAGUUCAUGCAGGAGCUGACAGAGAUGCUGGGCUUCCGGCCCUACCGCUUCUAUUUCUACAUGUGGAAGUUCGUGUCUCCCCUGUGCAUGGCUGUGCUCACCACGGCCAGCGUCAUCCAGCUGGGGGUCACGCCCCCAGGUUACAGCGCCUGGAUCAAAGAGGAGGCUGCCGAGCGCUACCUGUACUUCCCCGACUGGGCCAUGGCGCUCCUCAUCAUCCUCAUCGUCGUGGCGACCCUGCCCAUCCCCGUGGUGUUCGUCCUGAGGCACUUCCACCUGCUGUCCGACGGCUCCAACACCCUGUCCGUGUCCUACAAGAAGGGCCGCAUGAUGAAGGACAUCUCCAACCUGGAGGAGAACGACGAGACCCGCUUCAUCCUCAGCAAGGUGCCCAGCGAGGCGCCCUCCCCCAUGCCCACCCACCGCUCCUACCUGGGGCCCGGCAGCACGUCGCCCCUGGAGCCCAGCGGCAACCCCAACGGACGCUAUGGGAGCGGCUACCUCCUGGCCAGCACCCCGGAAUCGGAGCUGUGACCACCGCCCCCACCACGCCCGCCCCUCGCCCCCUCCCAGCCAGCCCCGCCCUGCCUGGCCCUCCUCCAGGAGAGGGGCUGCCCUGCCUCAUCCCCCAGCCCGUUCUGCACCCCAGACCAGAGUGGGGGCUGCGCCAUCUAACCCUCCGAGAUCCUAUCACCGCGUGGCAGCCGAGUAACUGGAACAGCCCAGAAGUUCUGACUCCCAUACAGGGGAGGCUCCCAGGGGCCACUUUCAGGGUCACCCCUCCCUUCUCUCCCCCGAACCUGCUGCCUGCAGAUCCUGGUCUCAGAGCCCUCUGUGCUGCCAGGUGGUGGGGUGGUGACAGCCACCGGGGUUGGGCGGGGUAUCCCAGAGGCUGCCUGGCUGAAGGCGGGGGAGGGGACGGAUGUGCCCGGACCCAGGGCUCAGCUCUAGGUGGGGUCUCCGAUGUCCUAGGCCCGGCCUGGGUGGUGGGAGGUGCUCCCGCUUCUUGCCUGGGAGGGCCAUGCCCAGGUCUGAACCCUUCAUGCCUCCACUGGGGCUUAGCAUCUCCCUGUCCCCUGCCCUCCCGCCCCCUCCUGGAGCCGAGUGGUGGCCUCUGCCUCUUCCUCGAGUCCCAGAGCACACUUGUCCACAGCACAAUUCGGGUGGUUUGGAGCACAGUUGCAAAGCACAUCCCCUCCUCUCACCUCGGACCCAACUUUCUCUCUAGUGGCAGCUUCUCCCUGGAACGGGGUUCCUGGAGUUCAGGGCCCUUGUCCAGGAAGCCUGGCACCUGGGAAAGGGAUCAUUCCACUGCCCUUUUGGGCUGCCACUCCCCCUCUGUAAUGUAAGCACAGCUACCCAGUCCAUGGCGGUCGGGGCCACAGACAGUGCUGUGGACGCUGAAGGCAGCCAAGGGGAGGGGCUAGGUGUCUGUGUCCCACCCCCACUCUUCCCUUCUGCCUACCCUGGAAUAGAACCUGACCAGAGAACAACUGCCUGCAGAGUGAUGGAUGGGCCAAUGGAAGGAAGGAAGGAUGGAUGGAUGGAUGGAUGGAUAGAUGAUGGAUGGAUGGAUAGAUGGACCAAGGGAAGGAUGGAUGG